GUCCUAGGCUCCUUGCUAGCUUGCACCAAACUUGCCCCAUCUCCUGCGCAGCGGUCAGUUGGUGCAGCAAGAAGCGCACGUUUGAAAGGACACAACUCUGGGCGUGGGUAGCUUUACCCUUUUCCCGCGAACGGAAUCUGUUGAUUUAUCCUUGACGUGAGGGGAGGGAAUCAUUUCUCAGUUGCUAUCAAGCAUACUGCAUUAUCUUUUAUGUUAGUGGUUGCUCGUUGUGGUGGUGCGGCACGGUGGGGAGUGUCGCGGACGAUCAACAAAGUCCACUUUGGGCGUCUGUCUUUUCCACAUCCUGCAGCUGCCAUGGCAUCAGCAGGCAUCAGCAUGGCUUCGGCCCAGCCGCUGGCCGCGAACCUCUUCAGAUCUGCCACAGAUUCCCCUUCCACUUCUUACUCUAGAGCCAAUGUUGCCGUUGAUGCUAGAGCAUGCUCGCCGGCAUUGGGACGCCAGCGUUCACCUCAAACCCUAAAAGCUCCCAUUGCAGCAGUUCUAGGAAACCGUGCUUUUGCAAGCAGCGCGGGCGUUGAAGGAACACGGCUCGCAUUGCAGAGGAAACUUUUGCUUGGAAGCUCAAUGCAGUGUGGCAAUGCUGCUUCUAACAUGAGGACAACUAGGAGAUUUCACAUCAGCGCCGUUGCUCAGACUCAAAGCUUGACGAAAGAAGACGUCGUUAAGGAGGACGACCCCAGCAACAACGUGUCGGACGCCAUUUUCUCCAAGCUGGGCAUCAACCUGCACCACCGGCCGAACCACCCGCUGUGCAUCCUUAAGGAAGCCAUCUAUGAGUACUUUGAGGGAAGGGAACCUGGAAAGUUCCAGAAGUUCGACAAAGAGCCCCCCGUUGUGACCGUGAAGGCGAAUUUCGAUGAGGUUCUCGUCCCGGCCAACCACAUCAGCCGCAGCUACAAUGACACGUACUACGUGAACAAAGAGACGGUGCUGCGCUGCCACACAAGCGCGCACCAGGCGCAGAAGCUCCGGGAGGGCCACUCGCACUUUCUGCUGACCGGGGACGUCUACCGCCGGGACGCGAUCGACGCCACGCACUACCCGGUCUUCCAUCAGAUGGAGGGCGUCAAAGUGUUCAGCAACGACGAGUGGGUGGACGCCGGCCUCAGCUCCGUGAACUACAUCGAGAAGGACCUCAAGGAGUGUCUAGAAGGCCUGGCAAGGCACCUGUUCGGCGACGUGCAGAUGCGGUGGUGCGACUGCUACUUCCCCUUCACGGACCCCUCCUUCGAGCUGGAGAUUUUCUUCAACGGCAAGUGGCUCGAGGUCCUCGGCUGCGGCGUGAUGGAGCGCCAGAUUCUGCGCAACACGGGCCGCCCCGACGACCGCGCGUGGGCGUUCGGCCUGGGGCUGGAGCGCCUCGCGAUGGUUUUGUUCGACAUUCCGGACAUCAGGUUGUUCUGGACUGAUGACAAGCGGUUCACGGAGCAGUUCAGCGCCGGGGAGCUGCGCCAGAAGUUCAAGCCCUUCUCCAAGUACCCGCCCUGCUACAAGGAUAUCGCGUUCUGGGUCAACGACCACUUUACGGAGAACAACUUCUGCGAGCUGGUGCGGGGAGAGGCUGGAGAUCUCGUGGAAGAGGUGCAGCUCAUCGACGAGUUCACCAACAAGAAGACGGGGCGCACCAGCAACUGCUUCCGGAUAACGUACCGGUCGAUGGAGCGCUCGCUGACAAACGAGGAGAUUGACGCUAUUCAGGAGAAAGUGCGCGAACAAACUGCAAGCAAGCUGAAGGUGGAGCUACGGUAACAAAAGCGUGCGCUUUGGGCUUUAGCUACCUGAUCGCAGCAUUACCUAGCGGACUGUUAUGUGAGGAACUGACAACACAGUUGGUUGGGGUUAGAUUAACAAGCACGUCAACUGGCAGGGGAGUCGCAUCAAGAAGCGUCAAUGUUUGAGUUGCAAAUCUUUGUAUUCCUUAACGGAAUGUGUGUCCGGAUCGUACGAGUCUGUGGAACUAUAGAUUGACGUUGAUCUAUGAACAAAUUACUACUCCGAGUAAACGGCUAUCCCAUGAACAUGUUCACAUCUUGC